AUGCAUGAUGUUCGGGGGAGGGGUUCACAGGAUGAUCCAUCACCGGGAGACAUGGUUUGGGACUUACGAGUAGUACAUGAUAUGGUAGAAUCAGCUAUCUGGAAAGGCUCGAGUAUCUUGAUGCGAACAGGCCCAUGGAAUGGCAUUUCAUUCAGCGGUAUACCACAAUUAAGGCCUAACCAAGUUUACGAUUUCAAGUUUGAGCGUAAUGAAGAGGAAGUUUACAUUUUAUACCACCAAAAAGAUGACACUGUAAUAUACAGGCCUAUACUGAACCAAACCAACAAUAGACUUGAGUUGCUAUUAUGGGAUAAAACUUCUCAAUCUUGGCUUCUGCAGUUUUAUUUGCCAUCAGAUCACUGUGAUUCUUAUGGCAUUUGUGGUAGCUUUGGAAUUUGUAAAGCUUCUACAACACCAGAUUGUCAAUGUUUGAAAGGAUUCACUCCUAAAUCGCCGGAGAAAUGGUACUCAGCGGAUUUUUCUCAAGGGUGUGUCCGUAACAAUUCAUUGAACUGCAGCAGCGACGGUUUUAUCAAAUUCACAGGGUUAAAAUUACCAGAUAUUACAGAUACUUGGGAAAAUGAAAGUAUGAACCUUAAUGAAUGCAGAUCUAAAUGCUCCAAGAACUGUUCUUGCACUGCAUACACAAGCUAUGAUAUUAGAAAUGGAGGCAGCGGUUGUAUCAUUUGGUUUAGUAAUUUGAUUGAUAUCAGAGAAAUUGCUUUUGGUGGACAGGAUCUAUACAUUCGGAUGUCGGCUUCUGAACUAGUUGGUUUAGAAGAUGUGGGAGGUAAUCAGAACAAGAAGAUGUUGGUGAUAAUCAUCCCUUCUGUUAUUGCAACUUCUGGAAUUCUAGCAGUCAGCUAUUACUACUUCAAAAGGCGUAAAAAACUAAAAGAAAAUAAUAAAAUGCAAGACAAAAAUCAAGAAUCAGACGAGGAACUGGAGCUGCCAUUAUUUGACUUUGCCACAAUAUCACAUGCAACCAACAAAUUUUCGUUCGGCAAUAAGCUGGGACAAGGUGGUUUUGGACCUCUAUACAAGGGAAUACUAUCAGAUGGAAAAGAGAUUGCUGUUAAGAGGUUAUCAAGCAAUUCUGGACAAGGAUUAAUCGAGUUCAAAAAUGAAGUUAAAUUGAUUGCCAAACUUCAGCAUCGAAAUCUUGUAAAGCUUCAUGGUUGUUGCAUUAAGGGAGACGAGAGACUUCUGAUCUAUGACUAUAUGCCAAACAAAAGUCUAGACUACUUCAUUUUUGAUCAAAGUAGAGCAAAACUAUUAGAUUGGUCCAAGCGUUUCAAGAUUGUGUGUGGAAUUGCUAGGGGGCUUCUCUAUCUUCAUCAAGAUUCAAGAUUAAGAAUUAUACAUAGAGAUCUUAAACCCAGUAAUGUAUUACUUGAUAAUGAGAUGAACCCGAAAAUUUCAGAUUUUGGCAUGGCCAGAACUUUUGGAGGAGAUCAGACUGAAGGAAACACUAGAAGGGUGGUUGGAACAUAUGGUUAUAUGGCGCCAGAGGUAAUGCCAGUGAUGGGCUAUUCUCAGGUUAAAUCUGAUGUUUUUAUGCUUCGUAUCCCCAAAUGUUAGAGACAACUAUGGAAAGAGAAAGUCGUGGAUUUUAUCACAACAGACCGACCAGCCGGUAACCUUAUUGGAUAUGCAUGGAGAUUGUGGAAUGAAGGGAAUGUCUUGGAAUUGGUGGAAUCAUUUUUAAUGGAGUCUUGCAGUUUAUUAGAAGUUAAACGAUGCAUCCAUAUCAGCCUCUUAUGCGUUCAACAACAUGCAGAGGACAGGCCAAGCAUGGCAUCUGUGGUUUUAAUGUUAGGCAGCAAGAAUGAACUGCCUCAGCCCAAAAAACCUGGUUUUUUUAUAGAAUCACGUCCACUAGAGACACAAUCGCCCACGAGCAAUCGAGGAUCAUCUUCAAAAAAUGAAAUUAGCUUAUCAGCGUUGCAGGACCUUACUUUAUCGCAAUCAAUUGUUGAUGGCCAGACCUUAGUUUCAAAAGAUGGAAUUUUUGAGCUUGGUUUCUUUAGUCCUGGUUGUUCCGGGAAGCGUUACUUGGGAAUUUGGUAUUUGGUAAGCAAAAAUUCCAGUUAGGAAACUGUCGUUUGGGUGGCAAAUCGGGAAUCAAUCCAAUCAAAUGAUUCUACUUUGUUUUGCUGAUGUAGACAGUACAAAGACAGUACAAGUAAAAAUCUUGUGCUUAUUAAUAGCAACAACGGCGUUGUUUGGUCAUCGUCAAACUCAACGAAGGAAGCCCAAAAUCCAGUAGUACAGCUCCUGGAUUCUGGGAAUCUUGUCUUAAGAGAUGGAAAUAAUGGAAAUUCUGGAAUAUACUUAUGGCAGAGCUUUGAUUAUCCAACUGAUACAUUACUAGCAGGAAUGAAGAUUGGAGUGAACUUGAAGACUGGACUUGAUAGGCGUUUAACUUCAUGGAAAAAUUGGGAUGAUCCAUCACCGGGUGACCUUGUUUGGAGGUUGCUAGUGUUGCAUAAUUAUAAUGCUGAAUCAACUUUAUGGAAAGGCUCAAAGCUCUGGUACCGAUCAGGCCCGUGGAAUGGCAUCACAUACAGCUUUAUACCCCAGUUAAGCCCUAUUUUUGAAUUCUACUUUGUACAAAAUGAAGAGGAAGUUUACUAUAUAUGCCUUCCCAAAAAUAAAUCUAUAACUUUUAGGACUGUAAUUAACGAAACAAGCAAUCAAAGGGAGUUGUACACAUGGGAUGGUACAUCUCGAUUAAUGAGUCUUUCUUCAUCUAGGCAAGUAGAUUCCUGUGAUGAGUAUGGCCGUUGUGGUGCUUAUGGAAAUUGCAUAAUUACUUUGUCACCAGUCUGUCAAUGCUUGAAGGGAUUCAAUCCCAAAUCGCCUGAAAAGUGGAACUCAGCGGUUUGGUCUCAAGGGUGUAUCCGCAACAAUUCAUUAAAUUGCAAGAGAGGUGAUGGUUUUUUCAAAUUCAAUGGGAUAAAAUUGCCAGAUACUACAUAUUCUUGGUUAAAUGAAAGUAUGAACCUCAAUGAAUGCCAAGCUAAAUGCUUACAAAACUGUUCUUGCACUGCAUACUCAAGCAAUGAUAUCAGAAAUGGAGGCAGUGGUUGCAUCCUCUGGUUUAAUGAUUUGAUUGAUAUUAGAGAAAUUGCAAAUGGCGCACAGGAUCUACAUGUUCGGAUGUCUGCUUCUGAACUGGCUGAACCUGAUGUGAAACAUAAACCUCGCAAGAUAAUGGUGAUCACAAUCACCUCUGCUAUCGCUGUGGUUUCUGGAAUUGUACUAGUGAGCUAUUAUUUCUACAGUGGAAGGAAAAAGUUAAAAGACAAAUAUAAAUUUGAAAACAACGAAGCCCCAGAUGAAGACAUGGACCUGCUAUUGUUUGACCUUGCUACAAUAUCACGUGCAACAAACAAAUUUUCAUUAAGCAACAAAUUAGGGCAAGGAGGUUUCGGACCAGUGUACAAGGGAACACUACUGAAUGGCCAAGAGAUUGCAGUUAAGAGGCUAUCAAGUAACUGUGGACAAGGAUUAAUCGAGUUCAAAAACGAAGUUAUAUUGAUUGCAAAACUUCAGCACCGAAAUCUUGUAAAGCUUCUUGGUUGCUGCAUUCAAGGAAAUGAAAGACUGCUUAUAUACGAAUACAUGCCAAACAAAAGCCUGGAUUACUUCAUUUUUGAUCAAACUAGAGGAAAACUAUUAGAUUGGUCCAAGCGUUUCAACAUUAUGUGCGCAAUAGCUAGGGGCCUUCUCUAUCUUCAUCAAGAUUCAAGACUUAGAAUUAUACACAGAGAUCUCAAAGCAAGUAAUGUAUUGCUUGAUAAUGAGAUGAACCCGAAGAUUUCAGAUUUUGGCAUGGCCAGGAUUUUUGGAGGAGACCAGACUGAGGGAAACACUAAAAGGGUAGUUGGCACAUACGGUUAUAUGGCGCCAGAGUAUGCCAGCGAUGGGCUAUUUUCAGUUAAGUCCGAUGUUUUUAGCUUUGGUAUCCUAAUGUUAGAGAUAACAACCGGAAAGAGAAGUCGUGGACUUUAUCACCAAGACCAUAAUCUUAACCUUAUUGGAUAUGCAUGGAGAUUGUGGAAUGAAGGAAAUGACUUGGAAUUGGUUGAACCAUUUUUAAUGGAGUCAUGCCAUUUAUCAGAAGUUAAGCGAUGCAUCCAUAUCAGCCUCUUAUGUGUUCAACAACAUGCAGAGGAUAGGCCAAGCGUCGCAUCGGUGGUUCUAAUGUUAGGUAGUAAAAGUGAACUGCCUCUGCCCAAAAAACCUGGUUUUCUUGUAGACAGAAGUUCAGUUGAAAGAGAAUCUCCAUCAAGCAAGCCAGUAUCAUCUUCAACCAAUGAAAUUAGCUUGUCAAUGUUGCAGGGUCGAUAAAAUAUAAUUUAACAAUUACAUAUGUGCUAAUUUCCUGGUACUAACGAUAAAAUUCUUCCACUUGUGAUUAUUACGCCUAUUUUUUAGCAAAUAAUAAUGCAAACAUGAGAGUAAA